UUAAAUUGUAUGUACAUGUACAUCAUUCAGUUUUCGGAUUGUUUAUCAUUAUCAUAUUAGUUGUAUUUUGGCGGCGAUUUACCUAACAAUUUUGCUAAUGGACAAAAUUAAUGAUAAACAAUGGAGUUAACACAGCGACUUGAGUGUACACAAGAAUUGUAUCCAAACAAUUCGGAAAAAGCUCUCCCUGAACAAAUCGGCUUUUUGGGCAUUUGCGGCACAAAAUAUCCCUUGAAGAAAGGACCAAACAAAAUUGGUCGAGAUCCUGCUACUUGUAAUAUCAUUUUAAACUUUAAUUCAAUAUCGCGGCAGCAUGCCGUGAUUAACAUAUUGAACAGUCAAGAGUUCAUGCUCAUGGACUUAGGCUCGGCUAACAAUACAAAACUCAGUGAUAAAACAUUAGAUGCAUACAUUCCAUAUCCGUUGAAGAAUGGAGACAUGGUGCAAUUUGGACAGAUUUUUGGUGUGUUUAGACUAUUGGAGGAAGAUAAUGAUUUACCAAUGACUCAAGCAUUAGACAUACCUGAGACACCAGUACAAAAAAAACAUGUUUCGAAGCUAAAUAGUGUACACGCUACUACUAUACCGGAAUCACCUGAUAUCAGCGACAGAGAUGAUUCUUUCAUAGCUCCAUCACAACCAAAACCAAAAAAUCUAUUGAAAAGUCCAAGCAAAAAUUUCAUUAAAUCCUCUGGCAAAACUAUAUCAAUUAAACCUGUUGGCACAAACAAGAUAGACAAUGUAUACUGGAGCUCUUCUAAAAAGUCAGAUUCUUUUAGCUUGCAAUCUAACACUUCAAAUAUUGAUAUUUAUUUACUAUCAGACAGUAAUACAUCGAACCCCCCAAAUAUACAUGAAUUAGAAACACAGGUGCCUUUUAAAGAUAAUGGUUCCCCAGAUUCAAUUUAUAAUGCAAAUACACAAGCUAUAGAAAACCUGGAAAAUCCAAUCUCGUCCACUAUUCAUAAUGCAGAAACGCAAAUACCCACAUAUUUACCACAAGUUUGUAAAAUACAAGAUCAACAUGACGUACAUUUUAAUUUUACAACUGAUAAUAAGGAGAAUGAUAACAAUAUAUAUAAUGCUGAAACACAGGAUGAAUCGAAAAAUUUAAUUUCAAGUAAAAAUACUACUAACGACCUAACAUCAAAUUCAUUAAGUAACGAAAAAGCUAAAAACGAUGGUAAUUUAUCUGAUGACGAAAUAUUAUUUGAUGAUAUUGAUACUCCAUUUGAGGAAAAUUUUGAAUCACAAGCUUUAAUACCAGCAGAAUUUGAUGUAAUAAAUAAUGACAAUCACGAAGUUGUUGAAGAUAUACAACAAACACAAGAAAUAACGUUUAAACGUGCUAAAAGAGUAUGUAGACUAAAAUCUGAUAGUUCAACUGAUUGUGAAGAUAUUAAUAUUGUGAUGACACAAAAAGUACCAGGGAUUGACGAUGAUACGACUGACUGUGAAAAUAAACCAGAUGUUACAAAAACAACUCAAAAUAAAAAGGUUGUUAUUGAUGAAGACGUAACCGAUUGUGAGGAUAACGUAGAAGAAAAUGAUUUACUUUCACCAAAUAAUAAUAUUAAUAUUAAAAAAGGAGAUGAAAAGAUAGUUAUUGAUGAUGAUAUUACAGACUGUGAAGAUAAUAUUGACGAAAGCAAUUUAAUUCUGCCCAAAAAACAUAAAAAUAUAGAUGAAAUGGACACACAAAUUAUAGAAAUAGAUGGCGCAAACAUCGCGGAUAUACCAACACAAGUUAUUGAAAAAAUAAAUGAUUCAAAGGAGAAGGAAGUUUGCUUUGAAGAUCUACCGACGCAAAUUUUAGAGGAAGAGCAAGAAAAAGAUUUAUGUUUUGAAGAACAAUUGACGCAAAAGAUAUAUUCUGAAGAAAUCGUUUCUCCAUUCAAAUUACCCAAACCAUCGCCUUUUAAACUGAGGAAGAAAAAUAAUCCUGAAUUGAAAAUUGUAAAUCAAAUAAUAAUUAGUGAUAUGAAUAAGUCCAAUGACGACAUAGAUGAUGAGUUAUACUAUGCUGCUACGCAAGAAAUAUUUAAUGACCUAUGUUCACAAAGAGAAUGUUCUCAAGAAAUUGUUAAAAAUCCGAAAUUGUCUAAAGACGGGAAUAGUUCUAAAGUUUCUAUCACGGAAAAGAUUGCCUUAAAUUCUUUUGGUAAAGACACAACUGAUGAUAUUGACAUUGAAGACAAAAUUGAUAAGUUUGUAAAUUCAUUGUCUAAUUCACAAAUUAUUGAUGUCAUAGGUGCAAAUAAAUCGCCAAGAAAGAGUUCUGAGCCUAAAGUCACUAUAAAAAAUGUAAAUUCUGACACAUUUUCUAAAUUGCGAAACUACAAUGAUACUAAAAAAAGUUCUUCCUCCUGUAAAGAUGGAGAUUCGGUAAAUAUGUCGAGUGAAUCGAAAUUAGAAAAUAGUAUUCGGUCUCCUAUUGUAGUGCGAGAUAGAAAAGAACCAACAAAUACAAGAACAGAAUGGAAUGAAAAAGUUGAACUUUUACCUACAAGAGUAAUUACAAGGGUUAGGAAACCUACAUCUAAAAUGCGAAAUAGUGGUGAAGGCAUUAAAAAUGUAUGCGAUAAUAUAAAUAGGUCUAAAAUCAAAGCAGAUAAAAAGUCUGAUAAAGAUUUUACGGAAGCAACAGAAGAUAGCACAAGAGGCAAUAAAGAGAAAUCAAGUAAAAGAAAAAAAAAGUCUGAUCAAUGUGACGGAAAUAACGAUAAGAAACACAGCAAAACAAGUAAACAAGAAACAAAAGUGGAAAAGAAAAAAUCUGAAAACGAAACACGACAAUCAAGAAACACUAGAAAAAAGGAUAAUCCAGAAGCAACAAAACAGUCUAAUUCAAAAUCAAGCAAUGAAAAAGUUCAAAAGGAUAUGUUAAGUUAUUUAAAUAAUACAGAUAGACGUACGCGUAGUCGUAGCAAUCAAAAGUAUGAUGCUAAUGAGGUAGAAGAAUUAAGAGAAAAAGAUAAAUUACAACUAUCUACUAAAGACAAUGUCGCUGAAAAGAAAAGACAUCGUUCACGGAAUAAAGCCACAGAGAAACCUGAAUCGAAUGAAAAGGAAGUAAGGCGAAGUAAAAGAAAAGUCACGCAAAAAUUGGAUGAAAAUUUAAGAAAUAAUAAGAUAUCUAAGGCAUCAACGUCUAAAGGUCAUCAUGAACAAAGUGUGAUUUAUAAUUUGUCAUCCGAUUCUACCGCAGACUCCCCCCAUAAAUUAAAAAGAUCGGCAACUGAACAUUUUGAAGUUCCAAGUACGAAAAAAUCUAAGACAGAUUCAAAUUCUAAUAAUUUAUCUGUGAGAUCCAUUCCGCCUAGAAAAGUUAAAACGCACUAUGUUUUGUUUACAGCAUUUCCUUGUGAAGAAGUGAAGAUGAAAUUAGAAAAAUUAGGGGCUAUAAUAGUAACAGAUGUGAUUCAAUGCACUGUGGUGCUAACAAUUCAAAUAAAGAGAACUUUUAAAUUGCUAUGUGCCGUUGGUCUCGGAAAGCCAAUAGUUGGACCAUCUUGGGUCCAAGCAUGUGUGGACACUAAUAAAAUUGUUGAUCCAUGGCAGUAUUUGAUAAGGGACGACGAAACAGAGAGAAGGUUUCAGUUCAACUUAGAGCGGUCGCUUGUGGCUCGUCGAAACUUUCUUAAGGGAUAUAAUGUAUCUUCCACUCCAAGUGUGAUUCCUAACGCUCAAGAAAUGAAAUUAAUAGUUGAAUGUUCGGGUGGUACAUGGAAGGACGGAGGACCGAAUUGGAUAUGUAUAUCAUCAUUGGCAGAUGAGAAAUUUUGGCCGGCUUUGAAGAAGAAAGGUGCUGUUAUUGUAUCUACUGAGUUCAUACUAGCAGGCGUACUCCGACAGAGAGUUGAAAUUGACAAAAAUAAAUUGUAUUGAAAAAAACAAACAGUUAAGUUAGUUAAGUGAGUGUGAUGUGUAAAAUAUUUACGAAUUUUUGUUGUAAACUAAAAUAUUUAUUUUUAUACGUGCUAUAAUCCGACAUAAAUGUCAUAUACAUACGUCUAGAUA